CUGCAUCCCACAAUCCAGCAAUACGAGGACCUCGCCAUUCACAACACCAUCGUUUGAUCAUUGAACGGUCUACGAGUGAGGGUCACUUUGCCAUCUCCACCAGGUCAUGUCAUAGCAUCCUUGCUCUACCUUUUCUCUCCCUCUGUAUCAUGCGAAUAGGCAUUGCGCUCUGGUCACCGUCGAGAAAAGAGGUGGAUUGCAGUGGGGUGAAAAUAACAGAACUGCCAUUCUGAAUUUGGCCAGUUCAGCUCAUUUUGGAGACUGCAGCCAUGUCCUUCUUCGGCUUCGAUACUUCCCUUCCCAGGGACAAGCCUGAAGGCGCUGGCAAGGGCAUUUUUGAGCACACAAACCCCUUCGCCGAAGUCGCAAAAGCUCGGAAAUUGCAGGCCUUCCAAGACAACCAGGACGAGAUUCUUGACUUCGAAGAUACCUACGAUGGGCUAGGCGAUCAACUCGAGGAGGCCGGCGAUGACUUCAACGACGAUACCUUUGGUGGUGGCGCCGAGGGCGCAAUCGGCCACGGCUCGGUGGGAAAAGACUACGACUUUUUUGGAAAAACGGCACAAGUCUCAAAUGUCAUCAAUGAAGAGCAUAUGCGCUAUAACUUGCAACAUCCUCAUCAGCCGCCAGGUGCAGCGGCUCCGCAACCCACAAAGGCCAAAAAGACCGGUUAUGAGAAAUAUCAAGAUCCGGGUUACAUUCCAGAUAUUCAAGCAAAAUCUGGGGCCUGGGGCACCAGGUCCAGCACAGCUGCUCCUCCGUCUGGCGAUGGCCGCAUCAGUACGGCUCGUAGCGCUGCUCCAGCCUUGCCCGCUGCUCCUCAACCCUCACCUCCACCGGCACCUAUGUUACCACAUCCAAUGAUGACCCUUGAACAGGUUGAGGCGGCUAUGCUUGGUGAAUCUCAAGCGAGACAGUCACAGCUUCCAUUCCCUCAACCUCAGCCAUAUCCGUUCCCAACUCAGCCAAUGCAUUCACAAUCUCCACAGCACUACCAACCAAUGGGACUUCCCCCCGGCUUACCAACUCAACCUCAACCACAACCACAACCACAACCUCCGCUCGAUGGUCCUAGAAGCCACAAUCGGAUGCCCUCACAGCCGCGUGCGCCUCCGCAGCCUCAGCAGCCGCUCCAGAUUCUGCAGAACCCAAAUAGGGCCCGUCAUUCACCUCAGCCAAGCCUUGACAGGUCUCAACCUAUCCCGCCACUCGGACCUCAAGGGUCUGGUGGCUUGCCAAUCAUAACUCAUCCUCAACAGCUAAUGGAACUCUCUGAAGAACAGCGACGAGCAUAUCUGGAAGAAGACGCCAAAAGGGCGAAGAGAAACCACAAGAUCUUCCUGCUUUCCAAAGGAAAUGGGUUAAUGACACCCCAGGACAAGAACUUUAUCACUCGAAUUCAACUUCAACAAUUGGUAGCGGCUACAGGGAGCUCCACGGAUUCCAAUCCCGAAGCUGCUCUCAACGAGGAUUUCUAUUACCAGGUCUACAGUCAAAUCCGCGGCGCUCCAAGACAACAUCCUACUCAACCGCUGGGUCACUUUGCGCAAACCUAUCUCUUCCAGACGGGGACUCGUGUAGGUGGCAGACGGCAGCAGAUCAAUGGAGACAACCACAUGCAGAGAAUGCAGCAACAAGUCCAGCGUGCAGUUGAAGCAGCCAAGCUCAAACCCAAGAAUAAGCAGCUGAUCAUUGAAGGUAGCUUGGGUAAAAUAUCAUUCAGCAAUGCAAAGACACCGAAGCCUUUGCUCAAUAUCAAACGACAGGAGGGCAUCGACUCCCGACCAACAGGUGCCAAACGAGCAAGUGGAGUCAGUGACCGCAAAACAAUUUUGAAGAACAUCGAAGCUGUGUACACGAUCCUGAUGCGCCUGGAGGAUCAUGAACGACAAAUGCCGCCUCCACCCACCGAGGGCGACGCUGAUUCAAUCCAGGCACACCUUGAGUGGCGGCAAAAGCAACAGGAACUCGGCAACACUCUAUGGCAAGAUCUCAAGGUCCUCGAUCCUAUAGUCCCCGGAUCGACCAUUCCUCAUCCCUUCAUUGCAUUUCUAUCAUUUGCCAAAGGCAAGAAGGCCAUUCCGCGUGUCUUCCAUCAAAUUGAUCAGGACAAAAGACUGACCAUCUUGACAAUGAUUGUGGUCCACCUUGAUCAGCUUGAUGUAGUCAAGGACGCCCGUCCUGCGCCUGGGGAGGUACAGCCUCCUCCCCUUGUGCGGGAAGAGAUCGAGCUAUUCUCACAAGCCGUCAUGCCGUGCUUGUUAUCUCAUGUUAGCGAAGCACCCGUCAAUAUCAUCACCGGAUUGCUCGGGCUUCUCAUCGAUCACACGAACAUCUCGGUCGUUGCACAUACCAAGAUUGGGCUUGGUAUGCUGACGAUGCUAUUGACCCGUGCCGAAUUGGUGAAGGAGGCUGGGUCAGUGAGUGAUCAGGAUUGGCAACAGUGGACCAUGCUAUAUAGUCGCCUUUUUGACAUGUUGGAGCCUCUUCUUGGUUCUCUAUUCCCUGGCCCGGUCAACUCUGGUGACGAUAUGUACGUUUGGCAAUUCCUGGCUGCCACCGGCAUAUGCGCCAGCCCCGACCAACAACAGAGGCUGGUCAUCGGUGUUAAAGACAGAGUUAUGGAGACAGUGCUUCAGAGCAAGACAUUACCACCCGAAAUGUCGAGCGUUCGACUAGGGAAUGUCAACCUGUUCAUGAGAGCCAUCGGCCUCGAUGUGGAGAUGCUGGGAUAAUACCAAGAAAAAGUUGACGCCAUUUUGAAGAGAAGGCCGGAUCCCAUCUCGUCGAUGGGGAUUUAGCGACGGGCAGGAUAUUUAGGGGAGGAGGAUUUUGAUCGGACCAAAAUACGGCCAUCAACGCUGAAACAACUCUGGAAAUGGAGCACGAAGUGUCCUGCAGGGACAUGACUUUAUUGGACGUCAACCUGCGACUCCUGCUCUGCUUGCUGUCCUCUGAUUUGACAUUAGUGCUGCAAGUGGCUCCUUUCUACGCCUUUCUCAUUAACCUGCAACUAAGUCGAAAGUUGGUUUGUUUCUU